CUCCGUCACCUUCCUGGCAGAAGAUCCCGUCAAGCAGCGACACGAACCCGGGUCUGAUCCACGCACGGUCCCGCUCACAUCGUCCGGAGGCUAUGGAGGCUCCGUCCUGCUCAAGCGGCAGAUAUAGUUAUGAGGAGUACAAAGAGACGGCAGACUGGCUGAGGGACCACACAGAGCAGCGUCCGAAGGUGGCCAUCAUCUGUGGCUCCGGCCUGGGGGGUCUGGCUGACCUGCUGCAAAACAAGACUGUCUUCAGUUAUGAGAAAAUCCCUCAUUUCCCCGUCAGCACCGUGCCGGGUCACGCCGGGCAGCUGGUGUUCGGGAGCCUGCAGGGCCACGAGUGCGUCUGUAUGCAGGGGCGCUUCCACUUCUACGAGGGCUACGCCAUGCAAACGGUGACGUUCCCGGUGCGAGUCUUCAAACUGCUGGGUGUGGAAACCAUGAUUGUGACGAAUGCGUGCGGUGGACUCAACACCAACUACAGCGUGGGAGACAUCAUGCUCAUCAAGGAUCACAUCAACAUGCCGGGCUUUGCAGGACAGAACCCGCUCUGUGGCCGCAACGAUGAGAGGUUUGGAGAUCGUUUCCCUUGCAUGUCGGAUGCAUAUGACCGAGACUUGAUGGCUCUGGCCAAGCAAACAGCAGCGGAGCAGGGCUGCGACAGCUUCCUGCAGGAGGGGGUUUACUGCAUGUUGGCUGGACCGUCAUAUGAGACCAUCGCAGAGUGCAGAGCUCUGCAGAUGAUGGGGGCUGACACUGUGGGUAUGAGCACAGCCCCUGAGGUGGUGGUGGCUCGUCAUUGUGGCCUGCGUGUCCUGGGUCUGUCCCUCGUCACCAACAUGGCGGUGACAGAUUAUGACAGCCAUGAGAAGGCGAACCACAAGGAGGUGCUGGAGACCACCCGGCGUCGAGCCAAGGACCUGGAGAGGCUGGUCAGCCACCUCAUCACCAAGAUCUAGGACUGUUGGCACUAAACAAACAGUGAAGGGUGAUAGGGGUGAAUAUAGCUUUGAAUGUAAGAUUUAAAUGUGUGAAGAUGGGGAGAUGUACACGUUGGGAUGAAUAGGUUGAUAUGUAUCACGGGUUAAUCCCGGGAUGAAGGAGCCAGUUAGCCGCUGCUUUAAAUGUCUAAAUAAAACGUAAGGAUAGCUUUUAUUUGUUUGGUCCAGUCGGUGAAAAAUGUGGAAAUCAUCAGUAAUUCAGACCAUUUGAAAUCUUAAAUAGUAAGUAAAGCCGACAAAGGGUGUUUCACUGACAGACCACACCCAGCCUUGAUUUUGCCUGUGGUUCCAAUGGUGAGAAGUGCGCUCGGCCGCACCUUUAACCAAACCUGACAAUUACACACGUCUGCUGCACCUUCAAUGAUAAACGGUGCAUCGUAUGACUCAUGAGGUGUUGAAACCAUAUAUAGACGAGGAAGAGCAUAGGGCUGAGGAAGAGGUGUGAGUCAGGGGAUGGACGGCCCCACGUAUCCUUAUUCUACUGGGAACCAGUUGAGCUUGAUGAGGAGUCUGCUGGUCAAGCAUUGGCUCUCUAUUGUUCUGCAAACACUAGUUGCUGCAUGACAAAUACCUAUUUCAGCUAAAAAAAAUCUAAUUAGUUUUAUUUAAAUUUUUCUAUUGUAUUUUUGGAGUACGACAACAGUUUAUUGGUGAAGGAUGUGACGAAAUGACAGGAGCUUGUCGAUCUAAAAAAGGAUCUGUUUAAUCUGAAUCAAGCCCUGUAUCAAUAAUCUGAUGAUAUAUUUAGAAAUUACAUUAGUAUAUUAGCAUACUUAACAUUUAUGAGGGGCGAUUUAGGGGUUCAGUAUCUUGCCAAGGACACUUUGGCCUGCAGAUGGUGAAGAGUGGGGUUUGAACCGGCAACCUUCUUGUUGGGGAACGACCACUCUACCCCCUAGGCCACACCACCACCGAUUAGACAUCUAAUCAAUCACUAAAUAAAUAUAUAUAUAUAUAUAAAUGUAUAUAUUCAUAGCCUUUAUAAUCCGAAAGGUUUUUGGAUCUGUUUUUUUUUUUUGCACAACAAAAGUCCAUGACAGUGUAAUAUCAGGGAACUGGCCAGAGAACCUGCAGUUUUCAAUCUUCUCUGUGCUGAUCUGGAAGCUCCUGCCAGGUUCUCUUGACCGUCUCAUUCAUUAGAGCUGGAAAGACCCGAGAAGCCCCAGAUCAGCAAUCCACCCCUUAGACCACUUGUAUCAGGCUUCACAUCCAGAUGCUCGUGGAAGCCUUAAAGGGGAAUUCCACUCUGAAUGAGGAUGUUGUUCACACACAGGGAAUUCAUUCCAACAUACAGGAUUGUUAAAGAAGUUUUGAAGAUGUAAUCAAAACUUGUUUGUCACAACCAUUCUUUCUGUUUUCCUGUGUGAAGAUAACCGCAGAUGUUACAUCUUGUUUCCUCGUGAGUCGUCCAUUGUCUGUGUCUCUCUAUAUUAAUCAUAUUUACUGUAUCUAGGUUAGAAUCGAAUGUUCCUGCAACAUGACUCAUCUUCAGUUCAUUCACAUGCUGUUAAAUAAUAAACUUUCAAAUGACA